AUGGCCGCUUCCCAGUCCCGGCGCCUCGACGCUUCUGCUCCGCCCUACGUGAGGAAGGUGUCCAUCGUCGCGCCGCCGGCCACGCUCGAGCUCUACAUGGGCCCCCCUGUGGCGGCCCUGCCGCCGGUGGGCUUCUACUACCCGGCGCCGGUCUUGGUCGCGCCUCCGGCGCCGGGGUUCCCACCAGCUACAUCCCUGGCUUGCUGGGGAUUCCCGCAGAGCCCCUGCGUGGGGAUGCCGGGCGCGUCGCCGUCCCCUGCUGGCUGGGCACCGGUGACGCCGGUGGCCAUGGGCAUGCCCGCUGCGCCGGCGGAGGCGGCGUUUCCCCCGCAGCCACAGAUUCCGGGCGUGGCGGCGACCCGGCGGGGCGGUCGCCACCACCAUUCGCGCCGGGGAGCGAGGCCGCUGCCCCGGCUCGACGUGCCGUCGAGGCAGCGAGGGGCGGGGCGGGCGGCGCCCCAGCCGUCAUCCAGCGGCGCGGAGGUCGCCGGGGCCGGCAAGGGGGAGCCGGCGAUCGAGCCCUCGCCGCGCUCGGUGCUUGUCCGGUCGAGCCCACCCGAUACGCCGUCAGCGCUGCCGACGACGUUUCCGUACCCGGAGCUCGGUUCCCCUUCGCCGCCGCCGUCCGCCGGCAACAAGCACGUCUAUCCGCCACGGAGGAGGCGGUCCGGCGGGCGCGCGACUGGUCGUCACCGUCAGGCCGCCGGAGGCACGGUGCGCCGCGCCGAGCCGAAGGCACGGCGGCUUUUCGACUCAUCUUGUAACAGCACUACGGUCAUGAUCCGCAACAUUCCAAACGAUUUUAGGCGGACGAGGCUUAUGCAAAUCAUCGAUCAGCACUGCUCGAUUGAAAACGAUGACAUCAAAUCCGGCGGCGUGAAGUCUGAAUAUGACUUCUUAUAUCUUCCUAUGGACUUCAGCACCGGCGCAAACAAGGGCUAUGCCUUUGUUAAUAUGACGACACCGGAGGCGGCGCAGCGUCUCCACCACCACCUGCACGGGCACCGCUGGAAGGUGAACCGCUCAGGCAAGACGUGUGAGGUGGAUCACGGCGCCAUCGAGGGACUGGACAACCUGGUGAAGCGCUUCUCCGACUCACGCUUCGACUGUGCCGACGAGGAAUUCCUCCCCGUGUGGUUCGAGCCGGCCCGCGACGGUAGCCGGACUACCGUGCCGCAUCUCGUCGGCCGCAUGCUACGCAUCGCUCCACGUGAUUGAUGAAGCCAUCGCCGUCUCGUUGCUGAGCGCCGCCGGCUGCCUUAUCUUGCAUUCUAUCGGUUCAUGGAUUCAUUGGAGGAUCGGAUAGAAUGGGAGAUAGGAUGUGCCCCGGCUCAGGUUACCUGGCUAGAGUACCUCUGUGUUUUCCUUUCGUUAUCAUGUGUGUUUCUGUGUUGAAUCUUAGCAUUACGGAAGCUUAACGCGCCACUGUUGUGUAGUAUGUCCCCGGGCCGCUUUAGUUCACGGUACUAGUUGUGUGAGAUCCAAGUAGUGGAUGCCUUGAGUGUUGUAAGCUUGAACGGGUAAUAUUAGCUGAUUAGCUCCACCAGGCGAUCUGAAUUGUUCAACGAGUUAAACUUGCUAU